AUGUUAAAGAAAUUUUUAAUUUCAAGUAUUGUUAAACCAACAUUUCAAAGUAGAAUUAUAGCAUCAACAACAUUAAAUGGUGGUGCAGGUAGAGCAACAUUUUGUUCAGUUAAUAGUAUUAAUCCAAAUCCAACAGCAAGUCAAAUUAAAGUUGAUCAAGAAGAUUUAGAAGUUGGUGAACAUCUUGUUAUUGAUGAUCCAAAUCAACAACAUAUUAAAUCAUUUUUAAAUGGUGUUGAAUUUAAUGGUAAAUCAGUAAACAUCUAUAGACCAUCAAGAAAUACAAUGCAAACUGGUACACUUCGUACAAAGAAAUGGGUCAUUGAAUUACCUUUUAAUCCAAAAUGGAAUGAUCGUUUAAUGGGUUGGUGGGCUUCAAAAGAUACUCUUAAUCAAUUAAAUUUAAGAUUUAAUUCUGAAACUGAUGCUGUUGCAUAUUGUAAAGAAAUUGGUUUAAAUUAUAAUAUUGUCGAAGAAGAUGUCACAUUAAGAAAGAAGAAGAAAUAUGGUCACAGAUUCAGAUAUAGAGGUGAUUUAGUAGGUGAAAAAGAAAGAGAAGUUGGUAUUAAUUAA